AUGACCAAUUUUUCCUUGGGGGGUUUGGCUAUCCCUGGGUUGGAGUUGAAGGUGUUCUGUAGUGUUUCGGAAAGACGCAUGAAACUUCAUGUUGUCCAAGCAGAUUUACCUCCUUCUACUCAAGCAUCUGCUCGCAUGACACCCUUGCACUGCGAGCAUUCGCCGAAAUCACUCGGUGCAACAUACCAAAACCAAAAGCACAGCGCUGAAUGA